CUUGCAUUGAUAUUGCCGGAGUCGCAGAUCCACGGGUCUGACUUACUAUCAUACGUUUCGUACAUAGAAAUACAUGCAGCUUUUUUUUCUCGUUUUCUCAUUGCGAAUUUGAUUUUGUAUUUUUCUAUUUCAUUCAUAUUUUGUCUCUCUAUUGCAUGAAUCCUCUCUAGACAUAUUCGUCUUGCGCACUUAGAAGUAAUACCAAAAACUAGACUUCACUUUAGAAACUCCGAAAAUUUCGAAAUGUCCACCCUCAAAGACUCGAUCAAUGGCGUAGCCUCUUCUGUCGCUGUCAUAGUACCCUCCAAACCGGCCCCGUUGAAGGCGACCUACCUAGACCUCGUAGCAGAAUGCUCCUCCUUCCAGCGCAAGCUCGCUGCCAUCGGCAUUACUCACCGCUCUCCAGUCUCGAUCGCGACAGUAAACUCGUACGAAUUCAUCGUCUCGUUCCUAGCUACCUCGUGGCAGCGCGGCAUUGCCGCUCCCCUAAACCCGGCUUAUAAGCAGGAAGAGUUCGAGUUUUAUAUCGAAGACAUUAAAUCUGCCAUUGUGCUUGUGCCGAAAGGGGCGUACCAAGCGGAUGCGCCGUCUGUCAAGGCAGCGCGCAAGUUCAAAGCUGCGAUUGCCGAGUGCUACUGGGACAGUGUGAGGAAAGAGGUGAUUCUGGAUGUUAAAGACCUCGGGCAGCUUAAGGGGCGGGCUAAGGAGAGGAUUCUCCAACCACAGCCAGAUGAUGUCGCGUUGGUUUUGCACACGAGUGGCACGACAUCAAGGCCUAAAGUUGUCCCUUUAACACAUCGCAACUUAACCAGGACGAUGAGGAAUAUUCAAGCCACCUAUCAGCUUACCGCGCAAGAUCGUACAAUGUUGGUUAUGCCGCUCUUCCAUGUUCACGGCCUUCUCUGUGCUCUCCUGGCUCCUCUUUACUCUGGCGGCUCCAUGAUCGUGCCGACUAAAUUCUCGGCUUCCGAUUUCUGGCAGGACUUUUCCACUUACGGGGCGAAUUGGUAUACCGCCGUGCCGACUAUACAUCAGAUCCUUCUGAAGGACCCAGCCCCAAGCCCCUUGCCGAAGAUUCGUUUUAUCCGCUCUUGCUCCUCGCCGCUGUCUCCAACAGUAUUCCACCAGCUAGAGGAGAAGUUUAAGGCGCCUGUGCUAGAAGCUUAUGCCAUGACUGAAGCCGCGCACCAAAUGACAUCUAACCCCUUGCCUCCGGCAAAGAGAAAGCCCGGCACAGUUGGUUUAGGCCAGGGUGUAGAAGUCAAGAUUCUCAACGAUGCUGGUGAUGAGGUACCGCAGGGCAGCGAGGGCGAGAUCUGCAUCCUAGGCGAAAAUGUAACCAAGGGUUAUCUCAACAACCCAACUGCCAAUGCGUCUGCCUUCACCAAGGGCGGUUUCUUCCGCACCGGCGACCAGGGCAAGAAGGAUGAGGACGGCUAUAUCAUUAUCACGGGUCGAAUCAAGGAGCUUAUCAACAAGGGUGGUGAAAAGAUCAGCCCGAUCGAGCUAGAUAACGUGCUAACGAGGCAUCCGUCUGUCUCGGAAGCCGUAAGCUUCGCCAUUCCCGACGAGCUUUACGGCCAAGAAAUCGGCGUUGCCGUUGUGCUGAAGAGCGGGGCCAAGCUAGAUCAAGACGAAUUGAAGGCGUGGGUUAGUGAGAAAUUGGCUAAGUUCAAGGUCCCCAAGAAGGUUUACUUCACCGAGAUCAUGCCUAAGACCGCGACAGGAAAGAUCCAGAGGCGCAUCGUGGCAGAGACGAUGCAGAAACAAGAAUCGCCCAAGGCGAAACUAUAGAGACAGUAUCCAAUUAUUGCAUUAUAUGGCUUACAAUAGAUGAUAUAUGCUUAGAUUAUAUACCUAUACAUUCCACGGCAUCAUGUACAAGUCAUGCAUUGGUUAGAUGUGCGGGGGUUUAUAGGGUAGAUGUAUUAGAAUAGAGGAUGAGGAUGAGGCAGAUGUAGCAAGUUGUAUAACUUUCAAGUACCUAGAAUUUACUGUUUUCGUUGUUUAAGACAUGAGAAGCGAGUUGAGU